GAGUACUCGCCGCUCUUCUACAUCACCGUCGUCUUCGUCUGCUUCCUGGUCACCAGCGGGCUGGUGCUGGGCUGUGAAGGAAGUUUCCAGAGAAAAGGGUUUUUACUUUGGAAUCAGCCAGAUGGCACAAGACAGGAGGCAUCUUUAUGUGCUGCUGCAGAGAUUAACUCCGUUGAAUCUUGGGUACUGAAUAAAUAAAACAGCUGCUGCACCUGGUCUCUUUAUGGGUUUGGUUUGGGUGUUCCUGUUAUUCUGAGAAACUCUGAAGAGACAGAAUCCAGCGCAAGAGUGUUGAAGAAGCAGAUGAGGCAAGUGAAGAAUCCUUUUGGGUUAGAAAUCCCUCGUCCUUCUGCAGCUUCAGUAACAAAGGGCAUAACACUGACACCUGAUUGUCUGGAAGACUGUAUUCUCACAUGCUACUGGGGCUGCAGUGUUCAAAAACUCCAUGAAGCGUUGCAAAAACAUAUCUACUGCUUCAGAAUAAAGACUCCUCAGGCAUUAGAGGAUGCUCUAUACAGCGAAUACCUCUAUCGACAACAGUACUUCAUAAAAAAAAAUGACAAGGAAGAAAAAUAUUGUCAGUUACCAGAAGAUGCUCAAGUUGUUGAUUUUGGUCCAGUGCCUAGAUCUCGCUAUCCAUUGAUAGCUUUGUUGACUUUGGCUGAUGAAGAUGACAGAGAAAUAUAUGAUAUUAUAUCAAUGGUGGCUGUAAUUCAUGUUCCUGAUGAGAGCUACAGACUUUCCUGUAGGAUAUUACAUCAGUAUCUACUUCUAGCCCAAGGUCAAUGCCAUGAUCUUAAGCAACUCUUCAUGUCUGCAAACAGUACUGCACCACCUUUGAGCGAUACCUCCCCUGGUGAGACAAGCACUGACAGAAGCUUGCUGGAAAAGGUCGGGCUGGCUGAAGAUGAUUCAGAACUGCAUGAAGAAAAUAGUAAAGACUGUGUGGUUUGCCAGAAUGGCGCAGUGAACUGGGUACUCCUGCCCUGUAGGCACACAUGCCUGUGUGAUGGUUGCAUUAAAUAUUUUCAGCAGUGUCCAAUGUGUAGGCAGUUUGUUCAAGAAUCUUUUCCACUUUGCAGUAAAAAGGAACAAGAUGAAGAUGAAUCAACACGUAUCUUGCAAGAUGUUCUUCCUGGAAGAGUUUUUUAAUGGCAGAAAAAAUAGAAGAACUUAAUUGUACGCUCCAAGAUUAAAUGUAGAAAACAGACUGUUUAUGGGAGGGAUAUGUAGCAUUAACUUGUAGGGCUUGCUUUUAAUUGUAAAAUAACUUUCAGCUUCCUUAUUCAUGUUUGCUCCAUGUGCCUGCAAGAACAGAACAUUUAUCUCUGCAGUAUGGACAGAAGUAGUGCGUAGGAUAUCUUGGAAAGAUGUAAUUAUUUUUAUAACUUCGUACUAGUUUUUCAUGGAGUAUUAUUGGAGGCUAUUUUGAUUACUAAGUUUAGUUUAUCUACUAACAAAGAAUAAAACUUACAAGUGGCAUUGAAAUGCACGCAGCUCUUUAUUUAUUAUAUUUAAAAUACUAGACCAAUAUAUCAUUUUAUUUCAGUAUAAUUUAGAAACAUAGCACUUUACAGAACGUGACAAAUGAAGGAAAGUAGAUCUUUAUUGUUAAAUCUAUAUAUUUAUUUUAUAGAUGAAGGCUGGACUGUGGCAGUAGGGGUGUGUGUGUGUAUAAAACCUGAGCCAAAGCCCAUUGGAAUCAAUGGAGAGAUUCUUGUUGACUGUUGUUGGCUUGAACUGAACCUCAGUGACACUUUCACGCCUGAGCCUUCACAGCAUCACCUCGAGGUGCGGGCUUUCAGUCUGGUUAGCUAUGGGCUGUAAGAACUUGCUGUCCGUGUAAGUGUUAGUUAAUUACUGUGUGGAGCGAUAACUUGGGCAGUAUUGCUGCGUUAUUCUUGCAUGAGUAGCCUGCUGUUGUGAAUUUCUAAUGUUUAUAUUUGCAAUGCCAGAUUGGAUGAGAACAAGUUAAUGAUUUACUUUUUCUUCCUUAUCAGUAGUCCCAGGAAAUUUAUUUACUCUAAUAAAGAGAGAAACUAAAGAUCAGAAGAAAAUAUUUGUUUCCAAUUGUGUAUUGUCAAAAGCAAUAAAAAUGGCUUGUGGAGAAGA